AUGGGGAACAAAUAUGACAGGGACCUGAGUGAGAACUUCAUCCAGGCCAUCCCCAGGAAAGCAUUCCGUGGGGCCACUGACCUCAAGAACCUGCAACUGGACAAGAACCAGAUCAGCUGCAUUGAGGAUGGUGCUUUCCGUGCCCUUCGGGGGCUGGAGGUCCUAACCCUGAAUAACAACAAUAUCACUUCCAUCCCUGUGUCCAGCUUCAACCACAUGCCCAAGCUGCGGACGUUCCGUUUGCACUCCAACCAUCUCUUCUGUGACUGCCACCUGGCCUGGCUCUCGCAGUGGCUGCGCCAGCGCCCCACCAUCGGGCUCUUCACCCAGUGCUCUGCUCCUGCCCAACUCCGUGGCCUCAAUGUGGCUGAGAUCCAGAAGAAUGAGUUCAGCUGCUCUGGACAAAUGGACCCAGCACGUGCCCAGCUCUGCAGCUUGUCCUCUGGCUCCUGCCCGGCCAUGUGCACUUGCAGCAAUGGCAUCGUGGACUGUCGGGGCAAGGGACUGACAGCCAUCCCGGCCAAUCUGCCCGAGACCAUGACAGAGAUACGUCUGGAACUCAACGGCAUCAAGUCCAUCCCCCCAGGUGCCUUCUCCCCCUACAAGAAGUUGCGCAGGAUAGACCUGAGCAACAACCAGAUCUCGGAGAUCGCCCCUGACGCCUUCCAGGGGCUGCGAUCGCUGAAUUCCCUGGUGCUGUAUGGUAACAAGAUCACAGACCUCCCCAAGGGUGUCUUCGGGGGACUUUUUGCCCUGCAGCUGCUGCUUCUUAAUGCCAACAAGAUAAACUGCAUACGAGCGGAUGCGUUCCAGGACCUGCAGAACCUCUCACUGCUCUCACUCUACGACAACAAGAUCCAGAGCCUGGCCAAGGGCACCUUCACCUCCUUGCGGGCCAUCCAGACCCUGCACCUGGCCCAGAACCCCUUCAUCUGUGACUGCAACCUGAAGUGGCUGGCAGACUUCCUCCGUGCCAACCCCGUUGAGACCAGCGGAGCUCGCUGUGCCAGUCCCCGGCGCCUAGCCAACAAGCGUAUUGGCCAGAUCAAGAGCAAGAAAUUUCGCUGCUCGGCCAAAGAGCAGUAUUUCAUCCCAGGGACGGAGGAUUACCAGCUGAACAGUGAGUGCAACAGUGACGUGACCUGUCCCCCGAAGUGCCGCUGUGAAUCUGGUGUGGUUGAAUGCUCCAAUCUGAAACUCACCAAGAUCCCAGAUCGCAUCCCACAGUCCACGUCUGAGCUGCGCCUGAACAACAAUGAAAUCUCCAUACUGGAGUCCACUGGCAUCUUCAAGAAACUCCCACAUCUGAAGAAAAUCAAUCUCAGCAACAACAAGGUGUCGGAGAUCGAAGAUGGGGCAUUCGAGGGUGCAUCUUCUGUCAAUGAGCUGCACCUCACUGUCAACCAGCUGGAGUCUGUGCGGAGCAGCAUGUUCCGGGGCCUGGAUGGGUUGAGGACACUGAUGCUGAGGAACAACCGCAUCAGCUGCAUCCACAAUGACAGCUUCACAGGACUGCGCAAUGUACGCCUGCUCUCCCUGUACGACAACCAGAUCAGCACCAUUGCACCGGGCGCUUUUGACACACUCCAGUCUCUCUCCACACUGAACCUGCUCGCCAACCCCUUCAACUGCAACUGCCAGCUGGCCUGGCUGGGGGACUGGCUGCGCAAGAGGAAGAUUGUGACAGGGAACCCUCGGUGCCAAAACCCUGACUUCCUCCGGCAGAUCCCGCUCCAGGACGUGGCUUUCCCCGACUUCAGGUGUGAGGAAGGUAAGGAGGAGACCAGCUGCAUCCCCCGGCCCCAGUGCCCGCAGGAGUGCACCUGCCUUGACACCGUUGUCCGCUGCAGCAACAAGCACCUCAAGGCCCUACCCAAGGGGAUCCCCAAGAAUGUCACAGAGCUCUACCUGGAUGGAAACCAGUUCACUCAGGUCCCUGGGCAGCUCUCUACCUUCAAGUACCUGCAGCUUGUUGAUCUGAGCAACAAUAAGAUCAGCUCCCUGAGCAACUCCUCCUUCACCAACAUGAGCCAGCUCACUACCCUGAUCCUCAGCUACAACUCCCUGCAGUGCAUCCCUCCACUAGCCUUCGAGGGCCUCCGCUCCCUCCGACUGCUGUCUCUCCAUGGGAAUGACAUCUCCAGCCUCCCCGAGGGCAUCUUUGCGGAUGUUACCUCCCUUUCCCACCUAGCCAUUGGGGCCAACCCCCUGUACUGCAGCUGCAACCUGCGCUGGCUCUCCAGUUGGGUCAAGACGGGGUACAAGGAGCCAGGCAUCGCCCGCUGUGCUGGGCCCCCUGACAUGGAAGGCAAGCUGCUGCUCACCACCCCUGCCAAGAAGUUUGAGUGCCAAGGCCCACCGGCCCUGAGCGUCCAGGCCAAGUGCAACCCCUGCCUCUCCAGCCCCUGCCAGAACCAGGGCACCUGCCACAAUGACCCCCUUGGCUUCUACCGCUGCACCUGUCCCAGUGGCUAUAAGGGCAGGGACUGUGAGGUGGCACUCAGCGGCUGGCCCCCUACCCCCUGUGCCCAUGGGGGGACCUGCCAGCUUCAGGAGGGAGAAGGAGUUGGGUUCAGGUGCCUGUGUCCAGCAGGUUUUGAGGGCCCAAGCUGUCGUGCCACCAGCGACCCUUGCAAGGAGCACAGCUGUGAAAACGGGGGUUCCUGUGUGCCCAGUGCCACCAACUACACCUGCCUGUGUCCUGCCAGCUACACAGGGGAUUUCUGUGAGCAACCACGCGAUUUCUGCUCAGCCGAGCUCAACCCAUGCCAGCAUGACUCCACCUGCAUCUCCACCAGUCAGGGGCCCAGGUGUGAGUGUGCACCCGGCUAUGUGGGGAGCAACUGCAGUGAGGACUUCGACGACUGCCAGGACCACCGGUGUCAGAACAAUGCCCGCUGCCAGGAUGAGGUGAACGGCUACUCCUGCCUCUGCACCGAGGGCUACAGUGGCCAGCUCUGUGAGAUGCCGCCCCAUGCUGCUGGCCAGUCUGGCCUCUGCGAGCGAGCUGAGUGCCAGAAUGGGGCCCCAUGUGUGGAGCGGGGUGCCCGUGCCCUUUGCCAGUGCCUACCCGGCUUUGGUGGCCCCAAGUGUGAGAAGCUGUUGAGCGUCAACUUCGUGGACCGUGACACAUACCUGCAGUUCACCGACCUGCAGGACUGGCCCCGCGCCAAUAUCACCCUUCAGGUCUCCACAGCUGAAGGCAAUGGCAUCCUGCUGUACAACGGUGACAGCGACCACAUGGCUGUGGAGCUGUACCAGGGCCAUGUCAGGGUCAGCUAUGACCCUGGCACCCACCCCAGCUCAGCCAUCUACAGUGCUGAGACCAUCAAUGACGGGCAGUUCCACACUGUGGAGCUGGUGACCUUUGACCAGAUGGUGAACCUCUCCAUUGAUGGCGGCAGCCCCAUGACCAUGGAUAACUCGGGCAAGCACUACACACUGAACAGUGAGGCCCCUCUCUACGUGGGAGGUCUCCCCACUGUGGAUGUCAACUCGGCUGCCUUCCGCCUCUGGCAGCUCCUCAAUGGUACCAGUUUCCACGGGUGCAUUCGCAACCUCUACAUCAACAACGAGCUGCAGGACUUCACCAAGACGCGGAUGACACCAGGGGUUGUGCCAGGCUGCGAGCCCUGCCGCAAGCUCUACUGCCUGCACGGCAUCUGCCAGCCUGCUGGCGCCCAAGGCCCCGUCUGCCACUGUGAGCCGGGUUGGGAUGGGCCCCACUGCGACCAGCCCCGUGGUGGCCCCUGCCAGGGGCACAAGUGUGUGCAUGGGCUGUGCCUGCCCCUCGACGCCCUCUCCUACAGCUGCCAAUGCCACGAGGGCUACCAGGGUGCCCUCUGUAACCAGCCUCUCGAGCCACCUGAUCCCUGCCGCCACCAGCCCUGCAUCCAUGGCCACUGCCACCUCACCCCGGGUGGCCAUCCCACCUGUGAGUGCCACGAUGGCUACACUGGAGCCCUCUGUGACCAAGAGCCAGAGUGCCACGGGGAGCCAGUGAGGGACUUCCACCAGGUGCAGCGGGGCUAUGCCAUCUGCCAGACAACGCGGCCAGUGGCCUGGGUGGAGUGCCGGGGGACCUGCAGUAGCCCUGAUGCUGGUUGCUGUACUGGGCUGCGGCUCCGACGCAGGAAAUAUGCCUUUGAGUGCAGUAAUGGUGCAACCUUCGUGGAGGAGGUGGAGAAACCCAGCAAGUGUGGCUGCAGCCAGUGCCUGUGAGCGGCCACCAGCCCUGCAGAGCCAGGUGGCCAGCAGGGAGACCUCCCAGAGCCAAGGACCUGCCUUUGCCCUGCGGGCACGGUGCUGCUCUCUGGGUGUUCCUGAACUGCAGCUGCAUUGGAGGAGCCCGGCAGAGGGUACACCUGGUACAUCUAGA